GGCCUCUCGCUUUCCCAUCAGAGAGGCUGAAUGUCUGCAGGACAUGCUCCUCAUUUGUCUAUCCGUGUUCUUUUAUUAAACAUCAUCUAGAACUUUCACAUAGAUGCAGAGCUCAUCUGUCACUUUCACAAUUAAGGUUUUAUGACAAAAACUACUGGUUGGAAAUCAACGGGACAGAUGAUUUCGGACUUGUGAAGAAGGGCUGCUCUUCACACAAACUGUAGGUUAUAGAAGCAUUUAUGCUUGGUUUUUCAAUAGUUUCUGCACUUUAGUUUUUGGUGUCCAUCCACAAAAUUCAAAGGUAACACAUCCAGAAGCUAUUUUUGGUUCUUUUGGAGGUUCUUUCCCAUCUCACACUCAUAUCCCUCCAUUUUUGGCAUCGCCUCUGAGUUGUCGCAGCCAUGUGGGAGUUCCGGUCCAUGUCUUUUUGGCGGGCUGUGUUCGCAGAGUUCUAUGGCACCAUGUUCUUUGUGUUUUUUGGCCUGGGAUCAGCUCUGCGUUGGACCACUGGACCACAUAACGUGCUCCAAGUGGCCUUUUGCUUCGGUCUGGCAGCUGCCACACUUAUCCAGUCCAUCGGCCACAUCAGUGGUGGCCACAUCAACCCGGCUGUCACGUUCGCUUACCUGAUUAGCUCCCAGAUGUCACUGUUUCGUGCUUUCUUCUACAUCUGUGCUCAGUGCUUUGGAGCGCUUGCUGGAGCCGGUGUGCUGUAUGGGGUCACGCCAACCAAUAUGAGAGGCAAUCUUGGCCUGAACACGCUUCAGCCAGGCAUCAGUCUGGGAAUGGCCACCACCAUAGAGAUAUUUCUGACUCUGCAACUCGUGGUUGUGGUCUUCGCUGUGACAGAUGAGAGGCGAAAUGGACGACUGGGGUCUGCUGCCCUGUCCAUUGGCUUCUCAGUGCUUGUGGGCCACCUGCUGGGGAUGUAUUACACUGGAGCUGGAAUGAACCCUGCAAGGUCUUUUGCCCCUGCUGUGCUUUUUAGGAACUUUAUUAAUCAUUGGGUGUACUGGGUGGGUCCUAUGAUCGGCGGCGCUAUGGGGGCUCUGCUCUAUGACUUCAUGCUCUUUCCCCGGAUGCGUGGCCUGUCCGAGCGACUGGAUGUGCUCAAGGGCAACCGACCUCCUGAGGCUGAAGCCCAGCAGGAGACCCGAGGGGAGCCGAUUGAGCUCAAAACACAAGCCUUAUAAACACUGCCAGGAAACUUUGGAUCCCUGACGCGACACAUACGUAUGAUCUUUUCACACACGUUUCUAACAUACCAACCAAGUUUGCUGUAGGGAGAAUCACACACACUUCCAAAGGCAAUCGAGACACUAUGACCCCUUCCCAAGGACUAUGAAUGAGGGUAAGAAGAGGACUUCCUGUUGAGGACUGCGCUCUGUACCAGCAGGUAUAGGGAGUGAGAUCAGGUGGCUAACGCCGCUCAGGGGCACCUCUGUUGUUUCUAGUCUACUAAGAGUGAACUACACUAGAAGUGGACUUCUGCAUGCUUUCAGGUUUCACAGGGUUUAAAUCUCACACAUUCAUCUCAGUUUAUUUUUUCUUUGAUUUUUCAGAGAGGUGACACAUGUACUAUAUUAUUAGCAUUUUGCAACCGAUUUCUUUACAGUCGACAUUAUUCAGUUGUGCGUGUGUGUGUGUGUUUUCCAAGAGUUUCCAGUUUGGCUCUUUCAUUUCCAUGAUUCGCCAUUUGUUUGUAUUAAUGCAAUGUUCUUUUUUCUAUCUCCCAAAAUGAAGGAAACCUUCCUUUGAAUCUUGGUUUAGGUGGAUGUACACUCACGACUAAAAGCUUUAUAAAUCCUUUGGGAAUUUGGAUGCCUUGUUGAGCCUGCUUCAAACUGUUGUAUUGUUUAAUUGUAGCAUAAUUGCCCAGCAUGCAUUUCUUGAAGAAAAAAGCAGUCACACCAUCAUUUAUAUGAAAUAAUUAACGCACAAAACACAACUAGUCAGUUGUUAUACAAUAACGUUUAGCUUUUACCAGAUUGAAGACCUUCUUUUUCUUCCCGUCAUGUUUUAAAAACUUGUGUUUAGUACUUCCAAUAGCAUUAUGAAGUACAUCUUCACUGUUUCAGGCAUUUUUAUUGAACUUUUUCUGCCAUAAAUCUACAUGCAUAGAUGUCCUGUUUAUAUUAGGGGGUUUGGCAUUAUUUUGUGUGUAAAUAGCUGAACUAGACAUAUGCAAUGAUAUUUUGUCUCAGGCAAGAGAGUAUUUGUGUAAAAGAAAUUAUAACCUCACUAAUGUGAGCGUAACUGGUUCCAGACUUCAUGGAUGGAUUAUGAUACAAUGACCAGUACUGUUUUUCAAGGUAAUUCAGUCAAUGCUUUCCCUUAAUUUAGAUGAUUGCUGAGCGACUGGGAUGUCUGGAUUUAAAUGCACAUUUAUGUUCUUGUAACAUUUGCAUCUUAUGGAAUGAAAAGGCAAUCGCUACAUCCACCCUUUGCCUUUCUGCACUCUUUCCAAUAGUGUCUUCUUAUCCAAGAUCUGACUAAAGGGAGACCACAGUUGUCUGAAAGAUCUUCAAACCUCACCAUUGGCAUCUGUAAGCACACUCUUUUGGAAGACAUUGAAUUAAAUGGAAUUUCUAC